CCUAUGCCUAUGCCUAUGCCCACCUCAAGCCUAAAGGCAGAGCGCGGGAACCAUGUAUGCUUUUGUUUAUACAAACAACACAACCUCAAAUUAAAACACACUUAAAACUCCCUUCUCUUUCUCUCCUCUCUCUCAACAACGAAAAUGGCGAGGAAGAGAAAACGAGGCUGGAAAGCCCCAAUGGUUUUAUGGCAAAUCUUCAAAAACGAUGCCAGAAACUUAGCCAAAACCAUCGCUUUUAUAAUCCCUCGGCCUUCGCCUCCCUUUACUUGCGGCCGUUGCGAAGGUCGUUCUUGUCUUCGAUGCUGUGAAGAUCCCAUGUCUUUUCUUAUUCGACCCGACGACCCUUUGGAUUACGUCAAUCUUCUCAAUGAUUGUUUUGUUGUUGUUAAUGGAGAUGCCCCUUUUCUUGACUUUUAUCCCGAUAAACGUUGGACUCAAGAAAAGCUUGUCGUAAGGGUUGUUGAGAUGAUGUCAUCUCUAAGACUCACGGCUUCUAAUGUAAUAUGUUCUGGUUUUAACAAGCAUACUAAUUCAAGCCACAUUGUCGAGCUUUUGACGUCUUCAGCAUGGGGUAUUCUCCAUGAAAGGGUUGGGGAUAAGUGCAUGUUUCAUCUACUGUGGCAUACAACAAUAUUUGUGCCCAUUUCUGACAAGAAACACCUCCAAGUUGCGGGUUCUCCUGUCAAUUAUUUUCGCAAGAAGUCAAAGGAAGUGAAAAAUCCUCAAUCUGGAAGGAAAAGGAAACGAACUUAUGGUAGCAAAUCUCUUUCCAAUGGAGAAUUUCAAGGAAGUUCAAUUCAGACUGCAGAGAAGCAAAAACCAUUUUCAAGACCAUUUAAAUGGAAACGUGACAAGAGGCACCGACUACACAGCAUUCCAGAAUCCAAAGAGGAGUCAAUCUCCAGAACCUUUUGCUUUUAUGAAGAUUGCUUACCUGGGAGUCUCGUGUGCCUCUCCAACCCCAAUCAGGCAACAGUUCCAUGUUCCUGUUACUUGAUGCUAAAAGCUCCCCGCAAAGUCUCGAAUUCAAUUGAGAUUAGCAGGCAAUCUAUGUUCUAUAACAUGGAAUGUUCUUCAUCUGUUCUUCCAGAAGGACAUAUACUAAAUACCUUGGUACCAAACUUUUCAAGCUCGAAGUGUCUCAUGGAGAAUAUUUUUGGCUUGACUGGUGCAAAUGUAAGCAGUCAAUCAGUUCCAUGCUCCCACAAUGUCGAAUGUCGUCUCAAAGGAUCUUCUUGCCUGUAUCACAAAUUUAUCAAGUUGCUAAAGAUGCUCAUACGCAGAGCUAGGCGUUGCAAUCACUUAAAAUUGUUGGAGAAGUAUUGUCCCUUACCAUCUUUGGAUCAAAAGGCUGGAAAGUCUAGAACAAUAGUUGAGAGAAGCAUAAUGGACAAAAGAGGGAUCAAGCGAUCCAGUGGUGGUGUUGCCAAAGAAAACCAUAAUACUCCAGAAACGGAUAAUGCAGAGCUCGAGUCAACCAGGCCUUAUUGCUUAAAGAGUCAGGUACUUGAAUUUUUGUGGGCUGUUUGUAGAAGUUUGGUUCCUCCAGAAUUGCUAGGAACUCCUUCUAAUUGGAGAUUGCUAAAGAGAAAUAUUUUCAGAUUUAUUCGGUUGAGAAGAUUUGAGAAGUUCUCAGUAAUGCAAUGCAUGCAUCAGUUAAAAUCCUUAGAUUUCCCCUUUUUAUCGGAUAACAGUAAUGCUUGGGUGGUGAAGAAUGGUUCAGAGUUGAAAUUUGGUGAAGCAAUUUGUAGCGAACAUGAUAUUAAGCGCGAACUACUUGUCAACUGGAUUUUAUGGUUUUUUUCAUCUCUAGUGGUGCCAUUGGUGCAAGCCAACUUCUAUGUCACAGAAGGUGAGUGUGGGAAACUUGAUGUUUUUUAUUAUCGCAAACCUGUUUGGCAGGAGUUCAUAGAUGAUGCUGUUAGUUGCUUGAAAGGUCGAAAUUAUCUUGAAAUGGAUGAGGCUGCUGUUAGAGCUAUAAUAAGAAAAAGGCCUUUUGGUUUCUCGAGGCUGAGGCUUUGUCCAAAACAAAAUGGAGUUAGAUUGUUGGCAAAUCUCAAUGCAUCCUCAAAAAUGCUGCAGGAAAAAUCCUCAAAAUUUCGAUGUUCUUGGAUGCGCAAAAGUUCAAAAGCUCGAUCAAGAAUAUUCAAGUCCAAGUGUGUUAAGUCGCCAAACUCUGUACUUCGUGGCGUACAUGCAAUUCUAAAAGGUUUACUGUUGAAAGAACCUGAGAAGUUAGGAUCAACGGUGUUUGAUUAUAAAGAUGUCUACACGAAGUUACGUCCUUUUAUAAUCACUCUAAAGAAUGCAUCAACAACUAUGCCUGGUGUGCCUGGUAUAUUUAUUGUUGCUGCUGAUGUUUCCAAGGCAUUUGAUUCAGUUGAUCAAGAUAAGCUGCUUAGGAUGAUGGAAGAUGUCAUAAUGGAAAAAAAAUACAUCUUACAACAAAAUCGUGAAAUUGUGUGGUUAAAAAACCAUUUGUUGGUUCGCCAGAGUCUCAUGUUGGUGGAUGAGACUGUCAACCUGGGUUUUACAAACUUAGUGUCUUCUGUCUCAUGCCGCUCAUUGUCUGGUGUCGUCGUUAAUCAGGGGAUAUUCACAGCGCUUUUAAAGGAACAUCUAUUCUCUCAUCUGUAUCAGCUUUUGAAAUGCAAUGUGCUUCAAUUGGAUAAGAAGUUUUAUUUGCAAAAGUUGGGGAUACCUCAAGGAAGUAUCUUGUCCACUCUGCUUUGCUCAUUAUAUUAUGGGCAUAUGGAGAAGCAUGUGAUCUUUCCAUAUCUUGAAAAACCUCUUGAACAUUCUGCUGAAACUUUGUCCUCAAGGCCUUUUGAUUCCAUGGAUGCUCAGAAUUCUAGUGAGGAUCCAGUGAUCUUUCCUCCUACUUAUUUGCUUCUAAGAUUUGUUGAUGAUUUUCUUUUCAUAUCAACUUCGAAAGAGCAGGCUAGUGGCAUUUUGUCCAUGUUCCGUCAAGGAUUUCCGGAUUACAACUGCUACAUGAAUCAGGAAAAAUUCUGUCUAAACUUUGACAUUGAACAUCAAUCUGGGAUUUUAUCAAAUAGGGCUGUUACAGGUGAUGAUAGUACCUUGUUUGUUCCGUGGAGCGGGUUGCUUAUAAACUCCAGCACUUUAGAAAUUCUGGGUGAUUAUACAAGGUAUUUAGGUAAGCAUUUAAGUUCCACUCUCACUGUCCGAUGGAGAGGACAACCGGGCAAUCAUCUAAAGCAUAAGCUGUUCAGCUUCAUGAGACCAAAAUGCCAUUCCAUAUUCUUUGAUUCAAGUAUCAAUUCCGCAUCUGUUGUCAGAUUGAACAUCUAUCAAACUUUUCUGUUGAGUGCAAUGAAGUUCCAUUGUUAUGUCUCUGAAUUAUCGGACUUUUUCCGACCUCGCAGACAAUAUUGUCUGAAAAUCAUCCUAAAGUCCUUCAGGCACAUGCACAGGCUGAUAGAGAAACAAAUGGCUUUGGGUGGAUUGAGUUCCGGAUUGUGUUGGGAUCGUAAGCAUAAAGUGGUGAGGGAUGAAGUUGAAUGGUUGGGAUUAACUGCAUUCAUCGAGGUGUUAAAGAGAAAGCAGUCAAGGCACAAAGCAUUGCUGUCGAUGUUGAGAUCCAAGUUCUUUUGUCACAGAAUCACAGGUAAGGAAUCAUCUGAAUUAAGAUAUGCAGUUGAAAGAUCGCAUUCUUCUUGUUUGUGGAAAAUCAAGUAUUAGAUUCUCUUUUUGCAUCUGUUUUUCAAGUUAUCUCCAUCUGUUUUUCAAGUUAUCUCCAUGUGUUUGUCCAAAUCUGUUCAUUCUAGGCUAUACUUCUGGAAUGAAUUUAUUUGAUGUUAUUUUUGUUAAAUUCUGCAACUCAGUUUGUUUUGCAUGAAUUUAGUCCCCUUAUUAUU